AUGGCUUGAUUGCUUUCGUUUUCAUGUAAAAAAUUAAAUAUUGUCUGAAAUAAUUUACGUGAAGUAAUUACGAUGGUUUAAUGUGUCCGUUUUUAAAAAUUAUAUUCUGAAAACUGUGCAAUUGAUGCUUUUUGGUCGAUAAUUCUACGUAAUAAUAUGAAUUGGAUCUCAUCGUCUUGACAAUACAAACAGAAAAAAUAAAGCUAAUACCGUUGUGUUGAAUAAUUAUUGCGUUUCAAAAUGUUUUCAAAAUCCCAAACUAGCAAGGAUACGUUUUUGGAACAGACAAAGGCGGCUCGUGAGGAACGGGCAUUAGAGAAAAAACGGGAACAAUCCGCUGUGAAAAUACAAGGGCUCAUUAGAGGCUGGCUUGCAAGGCAGCGAUUCAUUAAACUUAUACUGAAUGAUUUCGAUCAGCUUCUCCCAGAGCCACAUGGCAGUCAUGAAGAAUCUACACAACACAUGGAACUGCUCCCAGCACUGGAUGUGUACCGAGUGACAUGUCACCUUUUUGUCAUAUUCAAACAACAACGAGACAGGAAACGCUUUGAAAAACUCUGCAAAUAUAUUGUACAGAGUUUACAUUCAGAGUCAGUGAAAUUAUCAUAUGUUGGAGUGUUUUUAAAUAAAGAAUACAGUAUUAGUUGGAUCUCACACAUUAAAGAUCUCCUAUACAAAUGCUGCCUGUAUCUUGAGGAGCUGAAACCAGAGUCACCAGUCGACAUGCAAAGUAUCCUCAUUAACCUUCACACAUUAGUAGCCUUUACUGCUACAAACACAUGGGCAUUGACAAGACUCAAGAACUUGGAGAAAUUGAGGGGAGGCAUGACGCAACUGUGUGCUAAUGUUAUGGGAUCAUUGUUUCAUAAAGGAUAUUACUUGACUUUGAAGUCCUUGCUUCUUCGUGGCCUCUGUCGUGAGAAGGUGUGCCUCAAAAACAUAGCUUUGACAGCGAUAGUGACGUUGUCGCUGCGGCCGUUAGUGUCUGCACAGUUUUCAGAGAAACUACUCACAAUGUAUAUAAUACAGAUACUGUCUGUACCCACAUUAGUGUUCCAUAUGCAUCAAAUAUCGCCUGAGUCUGUAACGACGUUCCGUUCCUUCUCAAUGUUUGACAAGUGCCUCGAAUUUCUAAGUACGGAUCAGAAUAUGCGAAUCGUGUUCAACACACUAGAGGGCAAUUAUGCCCUCUGCCUCCUCGGCAACCUAAUACAACUGGCACAUUCAGAGAGGGAACAUGCAUUGCCAGAAUCAUACUAUCCUACUUUUGUGUUAGUUGUGACUCGCUUCCUGGACUCCUGUCAGCAGUAUGUAGUGUGUAAAAAGGGAAAUCUCAGCAACUGGCAUCCAGUUCUCGGCUGGUUCUCACAAGGUUUCGACGUGUACUUACCACCCACAAUGGGUAAUCUUCGCACGCAAUUAUCGCUGUUGUGGGGAGCUCCCCUACUGAAGAAAUUGUUGGCGAUACCACUGAAGGAGAUGGUGAACUCGGGCGUGUCGGGAGAAGAGGGAGCGGGGCCUUCUCAACCCUCCACCCCGGUGCAAUCUCAUAACCCUGCCGCUUUUAUAAGAAGAGCUAUAGAGGCUAGAACUAAUAGAGCAAAUUCACAUAAAAAUUAUAGGAAAUUCGGUUCUCCGGAUUGUACAAAGGCUGCACUGAUUUGCUCUAUGUACCAAACUGCAUUGCAGACUAUGAAACAAGUCAAAUUAGAUAUACUCACAGGUCUAUGCAAUCAAGACCAAAUACUUUACUCUCUGUGGCAGUUCCUCUGUACAUUAGGACCAAAUUGUGGACUGAAAGCUUUUCAUGAUCUCUUAGCUAUAAAUACCAAAACAUCAGCACCAGAGUUUCAAAUGCUAGUACUGUUUGCUGAUUGUAUGACACAUUAUGUUACUAUACUCGAUGAUAUGGAAAUGUAUGAGCAACAAGAUCCCUUCAAAUUGCAAGACUUCAUUAGUAUGUCACAGUUUUUAAACAUGUUUGUCUAUAAAUCUAUAAUGGGGCAGUUGUUUGAUCUAAAGAGCAUCCAGAGCAACGAGGUAUUCAACUCGGUGCACACGUUGCUGCUGGUGCUGUACAGGCGCGACUGCCGUCGUCAGUACACGCCACCCAACCACUGGCUCGUGCGGGAAAUACGCGACGGACAAUUCAUGGCUGAUCUCGAGAAGGGCAAGAAACCUCAGCAGGUUCUGGUGCAAAAAACUCCUCACAUGAUAGCUCAUGGUGAAAGAGUCAGACUCUUCAGACGAGCAGUUGCAGACGAAAAGGUGGUGCUGGGUCUGACGGAGCGCGCGUGCGGCGGCGGCGUGGCGGGGGGCGGCCGCUCCACACUCGUGACCGUGCGGCGCGCGCGGCUCGUCGAGGACGGCUACCGGCAGCUGGCCGCGCUGCCCUCGCGCGCACUUAAAGCCGUCGUGCGGGUUCGAUUCAUCAACGAACAGGGGCUCGAUGAGGCGGGCAUCGAUCAGGACGGCGUUUUUAAAGAAUUCUUAGAAGAAACGAUAAAACGUGUAUUCGACCCAUCGCUAAAUCUGUUCCGCGUGACGAGCGAAGAGCGACUGUACCCGUCGCCGACUUCCUGUCUCCAGGAGAAUCACCUCCAACUCUUCGAGUUCAUUGGCCGUAUGCUCGGCAAAGCUGUUUAUGAGGGUAUAGUGGUGGAUGUGCCGUUCGCAUCAUUCUUCCUGAGCCAAGUACUGGGGCAGACGCAGCAAGCGUUGUACAGCUGGAUUGACGAGCUACCUUCGCUGGAUCGCGACCUCUACCGCAGUCUCACCUAUAUCAAACACUUCCAGGGGGACAUUACGUCAUUAGAACUUACAUUUUCUGUGGAUGAAGAGAGAUUGGGCGAAAUCGUGACCCAUGAGUUAGUGCCGGGAGGAAAAGCUAUACCAGUAACCAACGAAAAUAAAAUCAAUUAUAUUCACUUGAUGGCACACUUCCGGAUGCACACGCAAAUUAAAGAUCAAACAAAUGCGUUCAUAAAAGGCUUUAGAACAAUAAUUAAUCCAGAAUGGUUAUCGCUGUUUUCCACGCCCGAGUUGCAACGGUUGAUCAGCGGCGACAACGUGCCGUUGGACUUGCGCGACCUUCGCCGCCAUACGCAGUACUACGGCGGCUUCCAUGACUCGCAUCGCGUCGUCUGCUGGCUAUGGGACGUGUUGCAACGUGACUUCACCGAGAACGAGCGCGCCAUGUUCCUAAAGUUUGUGACGUCUUGUUCGAAGCCACCAGUUCUCGGGUUCGCGCAUCUAAAACCACCAUUUUCAAUACGGUGUGUUGAAGUUGGCGAUGAUGAGGACACUGGUGAUACUAUAGGUAGCGUAAUCAGAGGCUUCUUCACAAUCAGGAAGAAGGACCCACUGAACCGCCUGCCCACUUCGUCGACAUGCUUCAACCUCCUCAAGCUGCCGAACUAUCAGAAACGCAGCACUCUACGCGACAAACUUCGGUACGCAGUCAACAGUAACACGGGUUUCGAGCUCUCGUAGUCAAUCAACCGUUGCAGUAUAAUAAUACUCAAUUUGUUAAUUAUUUUAGAAAUCAUGAAGGUUACAGGGAAUUCAGAUUUUGUGAGUCAUACAGGAUAAUUCCGAUGGUACAUGCAUGUUGUAAUGCGUUUACAUUGGAUCCAGUAUUAUCUCACCAGUUCAUUGGAUUUUAAACCUUAAAAUAAGGUAAAUGAUCACUACAAUGUUAUGUUGAAAAGUUUGACCUUAGUGGACUAUGAGGUGCACAUUCAGUUACUGCCAAAUCAAGGUGACUUGACAACUGAUAACACUUUAAUCCAUUACAUAUAGGAUUUUACAACCAAUAAAACAAUACAUUAUUCUUUAUUACAACUCUGAAACAUUGCGUAUGUUUGUUGUGAGAAUGUAGAUUCCACUUACAAUCUUUUCUAUAAAUUUGCUAUGUUUUCUAUUAUAUUGUCUGUGAAAUUAGACUUUAUUCUAAAGUCUUAGUGUGAUCAGCUUUUUAUUUGGUUUGGAAAUUCAACCUUGAGGCAAUAUUUUUCAAUUAUAUCAUUGUUUUGGUUUUUAAGAUUUAUAACUUCAAAUGCGUGUAAUAUGAUACACCUGAUUAGGAUUUUCUUGUUCUAAAUAAUGGCAGUCGUAUUUAUAAACAACAAACUACGUACUCGUUUGACUGCGCUCCGUUUUUAUAAAUCGUUGUAGUUGUUGUUUACCUUGUUUAGUCGUCGACGUAGACGACGAUAACGCGUUGUCUGUGGUAAAUACAGUUACAUCCGGUUCACAGACAUGAACUGAUCUGAAAGAGGCUGAGCAGUGACUGCUAACUAUACUAAAAUGGCAUGCACACAACACUAAAAUUAGGGGAAAUAUCGGAAAAUUGGCAGUGGGGGUAAAAUCGCACACUGUAAAAUCGGCUCUGAUUUCGCAAUAUACGACUUAAUCUAGGGCGCUUCAUACCAUUGUUCCUCUAUUGCCCCUGAUUUAAGUCGUGUAUAGACCGUUUAAACAAACUAUAUGUGCAACAAAUGAGAAAUUGUCAGUGGCAAAAUAUGUAUAUAGAAUUUAGAUCGUAGUAUAUGGAACGUGAAUGUGGGGACCUAUUGUGAACAUGAAUAAUAUAAAUGUGUCUUAGAACAUUUUUAACAAGUAAUUUUUAACGAUAUUUCAGACACUUUUUAGUAGAUACUAAAUACAUAUAAGUAAUAAAAACAUGCUUUUACUGGGAACCGAUUUACGCUCCAUCUCUUGCCAAAUAAUAAAAAUAUUUUAUUUAAACAGGAAAACUAGAAGACUGUCUGUCAAAAGAAUAUAUUUUGAUUAUUGUUUUAUGUUUCUUUAUUUUAAUUGUGACUUAAACCAAUUAAAAUUAAACUUAAAUUGAAACGUUUAUUAAUUUUAAUUGUGAGAUUUUUGGUUGAGAUUACAUUCAACUAAUGUCGUCAUUAAAGGCCACGGUUUGUUUAACAAGCAUAGUAAAAUAAAACGAAAAAUUAUGUCCAAAUUAGUAUUUGUUCAAUCGAUUACAUUGCACACUUAUAUGUAGGUAAUCACAUAUAAGCAUUUAUUUGACGACCGUAAUCCAAUCACAUAAUACUUGUGCCUGACAACACUACCAAAUAUUUCGCAAAUGAAAGUUUUAAUCUGAAACUGGUCAGAGAGUAACUUACCAUUUUCUAUAUUAAACCUUCAAAGAUUUUUUAAAUACUAUUUUAUGUUCUAUAAAAAUUGGCCUAAAACAUAAAAACCUUAUUUUUGUUGAAAAGGCGUAACUAAACGUUUUUAAAAUUAGAGAUCUCUUUGUACAUAAUUAGUACGUAUGAUACGUAUUUUUUAAUUGAUAUAAAUAACGAAUUUUGCACGAUUCAAUUCAGUCCAACUUAACAUUAGGUGUAUAAUAGACAAUAAUUAAUAUUCAUUUAUUUAUUUACCCGUUUAUGUACAGAAUACCUUUGACUUUAUGAUUCCUUUCUGACGAUAUAGUUUGAUGAAAUUUUGUAAUAGAUUAAAUAAAAGUGUAGAAUUUUAGCUGUAUUUAAUAAUGUGUAAUUAGAAAAAUUGUGGUUUUGAUAAAACAACUGAUCUUUCUUAUAUCAAAAAAUUAAUUUAUUUUCCUGGUAUAAAAUCUGAAGAUAAUAAAGUUAAAAAAUAACUUAGCGACUGAAAUUUAAUAGUAUAUGUAUUAUUGUCUAUAUAAGUAAACCUCCACUAUUACAUUACAUUAAUACGACGGCGCUUUAAUUUCUCCAAUCUGCAUAUUAUGAUACAAAUACUUAAAUUUUUGUUGUUGUAUAUAGUAGGUACUUAUAUACAUAUAAUCAUGCUCAUUAAAAAUGUACAUUUAAACGAUGUUCACUGUUAUAUAAUUAUAUAGUGUAAGGUAUAACGGAAGAAGUAUAACUUGUCAAAAGGCAGUUAUAAUAUUUGUGUUGACGACCUCGUUGGUAUAGCGGUAUAGCACACAAAUUAAUUUCCGAUGGUCGCGGGUUCGAUUCCCAGUACGAUACAAAUAUUUUGUAUUCUUGAGUAUGUAUGUUUGUAUUAGUAACUUAAUAAAUUAAAACUUGAUCAGUUUCAUCAUUACUACAGCUGAAUUUUGUCUCGUUAUAUAAUUUCCGUUACAGCCUAUACAAAUUAAUGUUUUAUAUAUUUUUAUUUAGUUCUUUGUUUUGUAUUUAGUUAUUUUUUCCUAUCAUGCAAAUAGUUGAUUAGAAUAAGAAAAUUUAUAUUUUGUUAUCGUUUCGUUAAACUUCUUUUAAAAGUCGUACCUUUAUUUCAAUAUAGGCAUCUUAUAAACUCUAGAGUGUUGAAUAAACAUGGUAUUUUGUAGUAGUGUUCGGUUUUAUUAAAAUAUCCUUUAAGUGUUUAAUAAUAAAGUAUACACAUAAAUAUAAAUCAUUGUAAUUUUGUACUGGCCACGUAAAAUGUUGUAUAACACAAUGUGAUUCUC